AUGACGAACCACGACCCGGCGAAAGCGCUUGAGUACAAAGAGAUGGGCAAUAAAUGCUUCCAAGCCGGGGAUUACGUAGCCGCGGAGGCCUAUUAUGAGAAAGCCAUCCGGCACGACGUCCAAAACCCCCUUCUCUAUACCAACCGCUCCACCGCGCUCCUGAAGCUGCUCAACUACCCGGCCGUGGUCGCCAACUCCAUGCACUCCAUUGCCCUCUCACCGCAUAGUAUGAAAGCGCACUUUCAACUUGCGCAGGCGCAAAUCGAGCUCCAUAACCCGAUCCCGGCGCUGGAAAGCGCGAAGCUGGCGCACAAGUACUGCGUUGAGGAAUUGCAGACAGGGGGUAAGGGCGGAAGCAGCCUGGGCGUCAUUACGGAGUUGGUGCUACGGUGUAAGGGGGAGGCGUGGGCUAUGCGGGAGCGGGAGAAGGAGAGGGAGAGGGAGGGGUUGUUAGGGGAUGUCUUGAGGGGGUUGGAUAGAGAGAUGAGGGCGGAGUUGGAGGGGUUGGAAGGGGGCAGAGCAGAGGGUGUGGAGAGGUUGGAUUCGAAGUUUGAUAGUAGUGCGGAAGGGAUCGAUAGAGGGGAGAGGCGUACGGAGAUAGAGAAGAAAUGGGAGGCAAAGAAAGAGGAAGUGCGCCAGGUGUGGGAGAAAGCCGGGAAGGAAGGGGAGAGUCGGAGGAGGACAGUACCGGAUUGGUGCGUGGAUAAUAUCACGUUUGCCGUCAUGGUGGACCCGGUCGUGACCAAAACCGGGCAAUCGUACGACCGGUCCAGCAUAAUGGAACACCUCCGGCGCUCGUCAACCGACCCGCUGACGAGGGAGCCGCUCCGAGUGGAGGAUCUGAGGCCGAAUCUGGCGUUGCGGCUUGCGUGCGAGGAGUUUCUGGAGGAAAACGGAUGGGCUGCUGAUUGGUAG